UGGGUCGCAGCUGAAGGACGUCUUUCCUCUUCCCGGUGUGAUCAUCUUGUGCGUAACACCACCUUUCUGUCCUUCAGCUAAAAUGUACUACAAGUUCAGCGGAUUUACACAGAAACUGACGGGGUCAUCUCCCUCCACCGCCUACAGCCCGCAGGGGCUGAGGCCGGGUGUGUCAGGAGAGGCCCCACCUAUGAUCUUUGCCACCCCCACGAAGAUUGUGUCUGAGGCUGGGCCUGGAGCUGAGUACAUGGGAAAGAACAGGGUGCCUGAUCUCCAGAGGCUAUUUCAGACAUCGGAUGACAUCCCUGUCCACUUGAAACGAGGCGUCCCUGAUAGGCUUCUAUACCGCACCACCAUGGCGUUGACUGUAGGAGGCGCUUUAUACUGUCUGGUGGCUCUUUACAUCGCUGCCCAACCCAGUAACAAGUGACGGACCUGUCAGCCGGAAUCAACAGAUUACUGACCUUCAUCUAGACCUUCUGCCCAAAGAACGGACCCUGCAGACUCUUGAUACUGAGAAUUUAUAACAGCUACACAGGAGAUAAAUAUGUUGUAUAACUUUGUUCAAAAUCCUUUUAAGUUAAUAAAAUGUACCAGAAAAA